CCCUCUCCCCCUCCAGAUCUCGACGACGCUGACGGCGACGCGGCGGCGAAGCGGCGGCGGUCCCGGACCAACUUCAACUCGUGGCAGCUGGAGGAGCUGGAGCGCGCGUUCGAGGCGUCGCACUAUCCCGACGUGUUCAUGCGGGAGGCGCUGGCCAUGCGGCUCGGACUCACGGAGAGCAGGGUCGCCGUGUGGUUCCAGAACCGGCGCGCGAAGUGGCGCAAGAAGGAGCACACGCGGAAGGGCCCGGGCCGCCCCGCCCACAACGCCCACCCGCAGACGUGCUCGGGCGAGCCCAUCCCGCCCGAGGAGCUGGAGCGCCGCGAGCGCCUCCGCCGCGAGAAGAAGCUGCUCAAGCAGCUGGAGCGGCAGCAGCGCAAGCUGGCGCUCAAGGGCGUGCACGUCAGCCUCGAGCAGCUGCGCCGCGAGUACGAGUCGCAGCACAAGCCGGAGCCCGAGAUCGACGUGGUGGGCGACGCCGACGACUCCGACGACACGCGCGACUACGCCGACGACGGCCCCGGCGGCGACUCGUCCUCGUCCUCGCGCGAGCCGCCCGCCUCCACGCCCACGCCCGCGUCGCCCAAGAGCCCGCCCACCACCACCACGGCCGCCACGCCGCCGCCCAAGCGCCCGCGCCCCUCCACCUUCUCCAUCGCGUCGCUGCUGUCGCUGUCGGAGCCGUCGGCCGAGGGCGCGACGCCCCGCCCGCCCCCCCGCCGCACGACCCGCCGCCAGCCCGCUCGGCCUCGCCCCCGUGGGCGCCCUCGGCCCUCGCGACGCCUCCUCGCCCUCCGCCCGCCUCGCCCGCGCCCGCCGCCUCGCCGUCCAUGGCGCCCGGGGGGGCGGCCUCCCCUCCCCCGCGGGACGGCGACGGGGGCGCCCGCGCCUCCUGCCGGCGCUCUCGCUGCCCGCCUCCAUCAGCGUCAGCGUCCGGAGACCCACGCCCUCGCCCGACGGGCGCUAGCCCCCCCGCGCCCGCCCCCUCCCCCCGGCGGGCG